AUGUUCUCUCGGCUACCAAGAACGACCAUCCCGACUAUCUCACAAUCACUUCCUCACCUAACUCGGACGACACGAGCGCCUGCUUUGCUUCGAGCUCCUCUAUCACGCUCUAUCAAUACUACUCUACCCCGCUCGGCCAAGUACGAGAGGUUUCCAAGUGGCUACUCGUCUUCGCCUGGUUCAAGUGGAGGAGGUGGUGGUGGUCCUGAUGUAUGGCAGUACUUCAAGAGACGUUUAGGAGGUGAUAGGGCAGUAUGGGUGUAUGGUAUUGGAGUAGGUGGAGGAGGAUUGUACUAUGUGACUCAUCUGGAAAGAGUACCUGAAACUGGUCGAUUGAGAUUUAUGGAUGUCGACGAAGCUCAAGAGAGGGAGCUGGGCCAUCAAACACAACUACAAACGCUGUCCGAGUAUUCGAGAGCCGUCUUACCACCAAAUCAUCCUACGACGAAACGAGUGAGGGCAGUAGCAACUCGAAUAAUAGAAUCAUCAGGACUCGGAAGGGUCAAAUCAGGUGGAGAAAUGGGUGCUGUGGAGGGCAAAGUACCGGCGUUUGGUGGUGGAGAAGAUGUUGGCGAGAUAUUGUUUGGCGGUGGAGAAGGUGGUAAGGAGGUUAGAGAAGGGAAAGAGACUGAGUGGGAGGUGUACGUGAUAGACGAUAAAAAUACGAAAAACGCGUUCGUAUUACCAGGUGGAAAAAUCUUUGUUUUCACAGGUAUAUUACCUGUAUCUGCAAAUGAUGAUGGGUUAGCUACUGUCAUGGGUCAUGAGAUAGCCCAUCAAGUGGCUAGGCAUCCUGCCGAAAGAAUGAGUUCUGUGAAGGUAUUGUUUGCGCUCAGUUUCUUACUCGAAUCAUUGGGAUUGGACGUUGGAAUCACCAGAUUGCUUCUUACCUUUGUACUUCAAUUACCUAAUUCAAGGAAGAACGAAUCGGAAGCAGAUUUUAUCGGACUCCGACUGAUGUCGAAAGCAUGUUUCGAUCCUCAUGAAUCGACAAAGAUGUGGCAAAGAAUGUCAGCUUCUGAAGAAGGACGUGGAUUACCCACUGAUUUCUUAUCGACUCAUCCCGCGAAUGAGAAAAGGAUUAAGCAAUUGGAGAAAUGGAUGCCUGAUGCGUUAUCAAUAAGGGCCGCUAGUCCUUGUGGAAAUACAUCAAACUAUUAUUCAGGAUUCAUGGAUAGCAUAAAUCCUGUAAGCCCAUACAGUAAGGGUAUAUGGUGA